CGCCGUUGUCCUCUGCUGUGAGCUUUGCUGCGAGCCUACCUGUGUAUGCGCACACCUAUCAGCUGCGGUGAUCUGCGCUCUACGUCGGUGCGCUCGAGUCCAGUCAGAGAGCACGCACGCACCUCUCGUGGGGACAGAGAGAAAGAGAGAGAGAGAGACGUGUGAUUUCUCUUUGUACUCAAUGAAGAGUUGAGGCCGGCUCUGCUGCUGCUGCCACCACCACCUUCUCUUUUUUUUAUAUAAGCAGAGUUUGCAUGCUGUAAAUAGCGCUAUAAGCCGGUUACACUUUACGUUACAACGUAUCCGUCGUUCCCGUUUGUGUUGUGGAAGCGGCCGGCCACUGCCAAUGUCCCUUUGAGCGAUUUUUGGACAACAAAAGCAUCAGGUCCAACCAACGCUGUCUCUUCGGGGGAUUUCAAGUCGCACGUUUAUCAGUCGGGAUUUUUUUUUUCCAGUGCGGAAAAGCACUCCACGGACCUCUGUUCGCCUGCUUUCACCGUCACCCCUUUCACACUUCCACACCUCCGGGUUUUUUUUUCCCCCCACCCGACCAAACCUAGCGAUCAUGGCUGCUGUAACGAGCCCGGAGACGAGCCCUCAGCCCCGGGUAUAUUUCCAGACGCCGGCCGGCACCACGGAGGAACCGGAGACACCAGUUCGGAAGCAGGGACGCGUUACCGUCAAAUACGACCGCAAGGAGCUGAGGAAGAGACUGAACCUGGAGGAGUGGAUUAUCGAUCAGCUAACGGACCUCUACGACUGUGAGGAGGAGGCCAUCCCAGAACUUGAGAUAGAUGUGGAUGAGCUGCUGGAUAUGCCCAGUGACGUCGAACGGGCAGCCAGGGUCAAGGACUUACUGGUCGACUGUUUUAAGCCUACUGAGGACUUCAUCUCAGAGCUGCUCGACAAGAUCCGAGGGAUGCAGAAGCUCUCCACGCCUCAGAAGAAAUGAUGGCGUCCCUCUUCCUCCUCCUCCUCCCCUCCUACACCCCCUCCCACCCUCCACCUCCAGCCCUCACCUCUCGUCUUCCUAUUGCUCUCCAUUCUUUUUUCUUUUAAUGUCAGUUUUCUUCCAUUGAGGAUCAUCUUGAAGUACGCAAACUGAACUUUGUUUCCUCUUGUUGUUGCGCCCUCAGUUUCUAAUUUGUUGUUUUGUUUUGUUUUUUUCUUUUCAUCUCAUCCUUGUUUCUCGUUGCCUGGAUCCGGUCCCAUUAAUUGCUUUUAUUUUAUUUUUUUUUUACCUUCUCCUCUUGUUUGUUGGACUUCCUCCUUAAAAACUAUCAGCAGAGAAAAUAAAAAGUGAAGAAUUUGUAAUUACCAGUUGAUGACAAGCAAUUCAUUGGUCUUAAUCCAGGCAUUUUUUUUUCCCAUUCCUGUCCCUCCAUCACCCUUUAUUUGGCUUUGCUUCUCUCCCUCAUCCAGCUCCUCUUCCUCCCACCCUCCCCUGCACCACACUCCAUCUGUCUGAGGAGGAAGAGGAGGGGAGCUGAGAUGAGAUGAAUCCCAUAAUUACUGGGAGCGGAGCAGCCGAGAGUGGGAAGAGGAACAAGAGACAGAGUCGGCAACAGCCAAGAGGAGAGUGGAAGGGUGAACGAUGGAAGGGUGAGGGAGGAGGGUUGGGAAGGAGGAAGCAGCCAAUCACCGCUUAUGUCUCCACCUAUGAGAAUUCCUUAUUUCGUUAUUUGCAAGGGGUUUAAAAUUGUGUAUGAUCCAGCAACCAACCGUUACUCUUAUGCUGUUUUCUUGUUCGGUUUGAGGGCAUGGGGUUAUUCACUUGACUUUAGUUUUUUUUAAUGAAUUAACUUUUCGGGUUCAGUACUAAUAAGUUCCCCCCUUAAUCAGAGGCAUUUGCUAAAGUGGUGCGUUUAAAGUGUGUGUGUCUGAUGGGGAAAAAAAAGAUCUGCACUAUGACAUUUUGGGAGGAAAAUCUGAUCCUCUGACCACAAAGAAUAUUGUAUGGUGUAUCUUUAGUGCAGCAGGGAGGCAAAUCUGAUCCUUGGAAUAGUGGUUGAACCUAAAAGAAAGUCACUGGUUGGCUGCGGUGGUCGUACGGUACGCUCCGACCAGCUUUACACUUAAAAUCUUCCUUUGAGGGUAGAGUAGAAGUAGGUUCUUUUAGGUUGGGUGUGCUUGACUAGAAUUCAGAUCCUUGCAGGAAAUGCGUAGUGCAGUCUUAAGAGAGGCUGUUUAGGAGCCACUGCUGUCCAGCCUGCACAUACAUAUGUAUGUCUGUGUGUUGCUAAAUGCUACGUGUGUAUGUUGCUACAUAAUGUACAGCAACAUUCAUAAUAGGAGUGUUUUUUUUUUUUUUCUUGGCCUGUAUAUUCUGCUGUUCUGUACGACAAAUUUGAUUUCUAGUAUAGGACUGGUUCCUGUUUUGUUUUGUUUUCUGGAGACAUUUUGUUUAACACAUUACACAUAUACACAUAUACACACACACACACACACACACACUGACAGUCCGACAGGGGGACCUGGAACAAAGCUGCCUUGUUUUCUUUUUUUUUUUUUUUAAUCACCCCCCUCCUCUCUGUCUCUUUCUCACUGUCCCUCCCUUUUUUUUUCUAAGAAAUGAUUUAAUCCACCUCAUUGUUUUGUGUUUGGCAGACAUCAGUUCGGAGCAGUCACAUGCACACGGAAACUCUGAAAAUGUCUUUUCAGCUCUGCGCUGAUGUGGAGACUUUGUGCCGACCUCUGCCUGUCACAUCAGCAGAGCCACCAAUGAGACAUCUGAGUAUGAGGGACGGAGGCCACUGUUUCAGACUGAAGCUGUCUAAAAGCAUUUACCCCUCUCCCUGUCUGUUUUCUUUCUUUUUCUCACACACACACACACACACACAAGCCACCCUUAAGGCGGAGGAAACACAUUAGCAAACACAGCUGCCUCUCACACAGAUGUGUACGCACACACACACAUAUACACCAAGUGCUGUGAGAGAAAGGGAGAGAGAGAGAGAGAGAGAGACAGGUCCAUAGCUGUCUGCGAAAUCCGCGUUUCCCCCGCUGCAGCUGCCAAUCACCUCAGAGAAUAAGCCAUCUGUUUCUGACGCUGAGCCAAUCAAAUCAGAGGCCGAAGCUCGUCGGCCAAUAGGAGAGGCAGAAACAUUUGCUGUGUUUCCUGUGACCAAUUGUUAACACCUGCGGUGACAGCAGACCUCCGCUGUCUGUGCCUUUCUCUCUCAGCACUGAAACGCACACACACACACGCAAACAUGUAGACACAUUCUGGCCCAUAUUCAUCUUGCUGCUCUGUCAUUCCUCCCUGGCAUCCUUUCUCUCCUCCUCCCAUCCAUUUUUGUCCUUCUGUCCAUCCUUCCCUAUAUAUCCUUUCUUCAGUUUCCUUUUUUUUAAAAAAUAAAAUAAAACAGAUGUUGCCUUAGGUAUUAUUUAUGUUACACAAACCAAAUAAACGGGAGACAUUCAGUUUCAAAAAGGUAACACAAACUGCUAAAAACGUGUGUUACUGAGCAGAACUGCGGCACAUGGAGAGUCUCAGAUCUUCUGUCGCUCCUUUUCUCUCUUUUUUUUGAAAAACAAAAUGAGAUUCUGUUGUUUUGUUUUUGUUUUUUUGUUUUGUUUUUUUUUUAGAAGUGAGUGUUUAAUACUUAGGCCUUGAUACAGUGAUUUUGUUUAGAUGAAACAAUGUUCUUUACAUUUACAUUGAAUACUGGUCUGUUUUUAUUGUGAUCAUGACACUUCUUGAUGCCAGGCCUUGGAUUAACGUAUAGCUGAACAAAAAAUCCACUCAGAUACACUUUGUUCUGAUUGCUUUUGCUUUCCUGGUGCCUCUUCCAAAUCAAACAGUCUGCGCUUUACUGGAGACGUUCUGAUUGGUCGAACUGUACCACGAAGGUUCAAUUGGUAGCUGAAUCUGAAUGGAUUUUCAUCUCUAAAUCCAGGUUUGGAUUAUACCUUCUUAGACUGUUAUUGAGAAGUCUGUUUUUUUACUGUUGGGGAAAAUUGCAAAAAAUAUAUAUACUGAUUAUUAUCAUUGAGGCUAAAUACAAGAGCUAAACCAUGCGGAUUGAAGGAGUGGUGGUGAUUUUUUUGGACAAUGAUUAGAUCAAACCAACAAACAAAUGUAGCAAUAUCAACAACAGGUCUUGUUUUUGCCCAAUUUUGUUACACUUUUAUGCAACUUUAAUAAAAACAUGUAAAAUGGACACUGUUUCUAUUUGAUGAAUGGAAUUGACGGUUUUCUGUUAGUUUGUACAAUUUUUUUUUAUUAAACUUCCUUUAUAGACGG